CACACCCAAGUUAUGAGAGCAGGAACCAACAUGGAUGAACUCGAUUUGCUGUUAGAGGAGCUAGCGUUGAGUCCGUCAGGUUCAAACAGUGCCCAGGAAAACAAAGGAGCUGGUGGCCAGCCUUCAGAUGCCAUCCUCGCAGGACUCAAUAAAAAAGAGAAAAGCUCAUUUGGCUCUAAUGUCUACAGUGACCUACCAGCUCCUGUUGCAGCUGCACUACCCCCUGACUCACCCACUCAAGAGCUGGAGGCUAUCUUACAAGAUCUGAUGGGUUUAGCAGAAGGGGACCACUCACCAUCAUUAACCCCACCACCACUGACACAGAAGCAGUCUGCAAAGAAGAAAACAGAGCAUGGGAGACUAGAGCAAAAGGACAGCAACCGCAGCAGCAGCCCGGCAAGUUCAAAUUCAAAGCCCCCGAACCAAAGACAGAAUACAGAUUCCAUAGAUGACCUGCUGGGGGGGCUGAGCUCUGACCUGGAGAAGAUUGGUGUACACACCACAGCCAAAGGUCACUGCGCUGCAUGCAACAAAUGCAUUGUGGGAAAGAUGAUCACUGCACUGGGUGAAGCGUGGCACCCUGAACACUUUGUGUGUGUGGCGUGUAAGAUGGAGUUGAGCACAUCAGGCUUCUUUGAGAGAGAGGGACAGCCGUACUGUGACAAAGACUACCAUCAGCUCUUUUCUCCACGCUGUGCCUACUGCAAGGGGGCUAUAAUGCAGAACAUUCUGACAGCUCUGGACCAGACCUGGCACCCGGAACACUUUUUCUGCACACACUGUGGAGAUCUGUUUGGGCCAGAGGGUUUCCUGGAGAAGGAUGGAAAACCAUACUGCUACAAGGACUUCUACCACCUAUUUGCUCCCAAGUGCUCAGGCUGCGGGGAGUCUGUGAAAGAGAACUACCUGACUGCAGCCAAUGGCACCUGGCAUCCAGAGUGCUUCGUCUGCGCAGACUGUCUGAAGCCGUUUACCAAUGGCUGUUUCAUGGAACUGGAUGGUCGACCCUUUUGUUCCCUGCACUUUCACUCCAGACAGGGGACCCUCUGCGGUGGCUGUGGGGAGCCCAUCACCGGCCGCUGUGUCUCAGCUCUCGAUCGCAGAUUUCAUCCUGAGCACUUUGUUUGCGCCUUCUGUCUGCGGCAGCUCAACCAUGGCAUCUUCAAGGAGCAGAAAGAAAAGCCCUACUGUACAGUUUGCUACAACAAGCUCUUUCUAUGAGACAUUUACAGCAAGUCACUCAAAGAUAAUGCAACAGAUAUAACUCUUUAUGUUGGGGGUGGGUGGCUGUUUUCCUACAUUAGUGAGAUGAAUUAUUAAAACACAUCACAUCCCAAGCUUGUAUCUCUCUUUAUAAAGGUAUACUGCUAACUGGGCUAACGAAUUGUACUGUUGCCACUUUUUACAUUUUGUUAAAGCCACAACCUUCAUUGUAUUUUAUUGGGAUUUAUUAAAUCAGCCAUGUAUCAACCUCU